CACGUCGCCAUGCCUCCAAAAGCCAGCUCCAAAGGCGGAAAGCCUACCAAGCCCCAGAAGCAGGCCCAUGCGGCUGCCAAAUCUGCGCUGCGCGGCGUGAACUCGCAUAAGGUCAGGAAAGUCCGUAAAUCCACGACCUUCCAUCGCCCGAAGACUCUGGAGCUUUCCCGCUCUCCCAAGUACCCGCGCAAGUCGAUCCCGCACCAGCCGCGCCUCGAUGCCUCCAAGAUCCUCAUCCACCCGCUCAACACCGAGUCCGCCAUGAAGAAGAUUGAGGAGAACAACACGCUCGUCUUCAUCGUCGACGUCAAGGCCAACAAGCGCCAGAUCGCAGCUGCGCUCAAGAAGCAGUACGACGUCACCACCGUCAAGAUCAACACCCUCAUCCGACCGGACGGCACGAAGAAGGCUUUCGCGCGGUUGACGCCCGAUGUGGAUGCUCUGGACAUUGCGGCUACCAAGCUGGCUAUCGUCUAGAGAGUAGCUUUUUGUAUCUGCAUGAGCAUAACGGACUGGGUAUACCUGGCAAGGAAAAGCGGA